AUGAGUGGUCCUUAUUUUCUGACGGUAUUACAUAUGGAAGUGAUGAUGGUGGUACAUAAUAAAUAUACAGCUGCUGAUUUUGAUGAUGAUUUACGUCAUUUAUUACGCCGUUCAGGUUGUAAAGGCGAUAAAAUCAUUUUUCUACUUGAUGAAUCCAAUGUAAUGGAUAGUAGUUUUCUUGAACGAAUAAAUACUUUAUUAGCUAAUGGUGAAAUACCUGACUUAUUUGAAGGUGAUGAAUAUUCAGCUUUAUUAACUUUAUGUAAAGAAGGUGCAUAG